AUUUUCCCGCGGCAACUUUCUCGCGCUAAAAAAAAACGCGUAAUGCACUGCAAUCACAAGGAUAGUGUUUGAAAAUGUUGAACUUUCAACCACUUGAACGUUGUCAACUUCUGUGAUAACAUUUUUUUUAAAUCGUGUCCGUCCAAAGUGUCAAUACUUUGCAUUGUCAAAGUGCCUGCGUGUUCUACCUUAAAUCAUAAAAAUCGUGUACUUUGAGAUUCGUUUGAUUAAAAACUGUAACGAGAUCGGAAUUUUGGACUCAAAUAAUCCUGGAAGGAGUGAUAAGCCUGAAAAAUGGAGAACGAAGAUCAAGAAAUUCAGCUCGAGAGUUCAUCGCACGAUGUAAUGGAUUUGAGUGAAGAGGAAGAAUUGACAGCAGAGCAGGCGAUGACUGCGAUGGACAACGCGUGGUUGAACGAAAAAUUCGCUCCAGAAAUAUUGCCCCACGAGACGGAAUUGGUGGAUUGCAUGCUCCGACAAAUUGCUUACAUGCUGGAAAACGUGAAAAGACUGAAGGAAGACGAUUUGAGGCUUGGCCUCCACACACUGGAAGUAGAACGCAUAAGGUUCGUCAUUUCGAGUUAUUUGAGGCUGCGUAUUGAGAAAAUUGAGCGCUACGUUAUCCACGUCCUGUCAGAAGAGAGAAAACGCAGUGCCGAGGAGCGUUACUUGUCUCCGGAGGAGUUCAAAUUCGCUCAAGAUUAUUUAGCCAGCGUUGAGAAGCUCUUUAAAACUCUGGCGCUCCAACACAUGCCACCUAAUUUUCAAGAAUUCCAAAUCGACCAAUUCACCGUUAAGCCUAAUUUACAUUCACACGUUUUACUCCGUGCCAAUAAAAGAGUCGAAGCAAUUAUCAUCCCUGGAUCUAAUGAUCAAGAAGUUAGUCUUGAAGCUGGAUCUCAGUACAUCAUGCAGUACAAAGCUGUCGCAGAUCUGGUUAAAUCCGGUGUCGUCCAAUUGAUUUGAAAACAGAAUUAGCAUUUGUUAUUUUUACAUUGUUAGAAGUCUAAGAAAACUGGGACAAAAGUUAUGGAAUAAAAGAUUAUUUUUUA